UCGGGGCGCGGGCGGCGCGGUGUUCCUCCCGCAGCGGGCUCCCUGAACCCCAAGGCCCCGAGCCGCUGUCUUGGGCCCGGAAAUCUCUCCGAGGCUGGGAGCCGCGCGACCUGAGGCAGUUUGAAGGCAAGACCCUCCCCGAGCAAAAGGAUUACAGCUUCCUUUAGUGCCGUGUUCUGGAAGCUGAGGGAUGACGUGAUGGGUGAUGAUGGAUCGAGGAGGAGGGAGAGACAGACAUAUGAAUACAAAAGAAUUAAACCAGAAGGGCCAUUUACCAAAACGGGAGGGACGAGGGAGCUAAAGAAUGAUCUCAGGGAGGUGAGGGAAGAGCUCAAGGAAAAGAUGGAGGAGAUCAAACAGAUAAAAUGUGUAAUGGACAAGGAUUUUGAUAAACUCCAAGAAUUUGUGGAGAUUAUGAAGGAAAUGCAGAAGGAUAUGGAUGAGAAGAUGGAUGUUUUAAUAAAUAUACAGAAAAACAGCAAGCUUCCCCUUAGAAGAGGACCAAAGGAGCAUCAGGAACUCAGGCAGAUAGGAAAGCCUGACACAGACUCACAGCACCGGCUCAAGAAACUGGAGGGAGUUGAAGGAGCAUCGCUUUCUAUUCACAAGAAGAAUAUGGCACUACAGAAACUCAAAAAGGACCCACUGGACUCCCUUCAUCAACGUGGGACCUGCUAUGAGAAAUGUAUGUUGUGUGCCCUAAAGAACAACCACAAUCAGGGGAGACUUCCACACCAGGGCUGGGCACCCUCCUCAUCCUUGGCAUCUGGAGCUGCAUUCUGAUGUACCUGUGCUUCAACCUCUACAUGACCGAGGACAUGCUUCCAACUUAGUGCUGCCAUGGAACCCACCAGAGCUCCAGUUCCUCCUCCCCCAACUCCUUGAGCUGCACAGUAGAGGCUUGUUGCCCCUUCCAUACCACCCCGCCCCAGGCCUCCCGCCACCUGGAUUAAAAUCUUCAUUGAAAGCCAAAGUGGGUGUCACCAAACUCGAGUAUGCAGACUGUCACUUCCUUUGUUCUCCAGUCCCUCUUCCUGUUUCCUGGUGGAUUAGUGGGAAGUUCUGUUUUGGUCAUCCUUGGGGUCAUCCUCCCACCCUACUGUCUCCCUCUGCUCCACCUUAUUCUGCAAAGGCCCCAGGUCAGAAGAGAGGAGAGGCCCUAGAGAUAUCAGACACCUUCCUGUGUAGUCACAGGAGACACCCCUACCAUCCCGUCCAAUCACUUCCUCCAUCUUCGUGGCUCUUGCAUUGUAUGUGUGUGUUGAGGGCAACCUGAGAGGUGAGGUACCGUGGGGAACCCCCAGGCCCAGAGUCUAGUGUGCAGGAGGACUCAAGACCUGGUGCACAGUGGUCGCCUUGGGCGCUGAGGAUCCACCCUCCUUGUCCUCUAGCAGAUUUCCUCCCACCUCCACAGAAAGGACACACAUCCAUCCCUUCAGAGGCCUUAGGUCAUUGCAAAGGUGGGGAUGAGCCAGUGACCUCCCCAGCUACACUCUGUCCUGCCCCAAAUCCUGCACCUCGGGGAAGAUGAGGCUUGGCUGCUAGCUGAAAGUGAGAACAAAGAAAGACACAGAGAAAACAGGAUUUCAAUGAACUCUUCUGUCAUGGGUGUGCUUCUUGGCACCAGUUUGAUGGAGAAACUCAUGGGAGUUCAUAUUUUAUUUAACACCAGCUCUUGCCUGUUUCAUCUCCUUGCCAAGUUGGCUGCUUCGACUUUUAGACAGUCUAGUAAAUAACUGGUUGUUGCUACAUAGUAAUGAGCAGUGUAUUGGGUGCUUUAAAUCAG